GGCGUCAGAUUGCCCAGUUUGGUCAUGCAUGAGGUCGAUCGCAAAUCAUAAAAUGUCACUCCUCAUCUUUAGGGUCGAACACUGUGCUAUUGGAACUCUUAACCUAGUUCAUCAACCGAACACUAAGGGUGAAGUAAUGUUGGGAUUAGGUCCAACACUCGCUUCGGGUCACACACAACAGGCUCAGUUAUAUGCUCACAGGCCCGACUUUCGGAACAUCGGCAAGAAGCAAGGAGCAGCGGCGAGGAAUGACGACGAGAAGUGAGAAUGAGCCCACUGGUGAGAGAUCUCUUCCUUCCAGACUGCCAAUGUACGAUCGAAACCUUCUGAAGAAAGCAACCUCUUACCUAUUCACAAACUUCCCUGAAAACUGGUCUCCUAAGCGGCUCUGGUACCUGUUUGCAACCUACAGUGCUGGGCUAGGAAAAAUUGUGGAUGUGUUUAUUCCUAGAAAGAAGGACAGAAAAGGCAACAAAUUUGGAUUUGUGAGAUUUUCUGAUGUGAAAGACAAAGGCAGGUUGGAGAAAUCACUUAAGAUGAUCUGCUUUGGAGCAAAGAAACUCAGGGUUACCAUAGCCAUUGACAGAAAGCCACAACAGCCAGCCCCAAAACCAUCUCGCCCUCUACCACCGCCACCACCCCCUGGAACCUUCAAACUGAGAUCUUUUGCAGAUUUCCUUCUACACGGGCUAAACCUUACCAAUCCUACCAACAAAACCCACCAAGAAAAUACCAUACCCCAAACCCAACCAAUGGAAAAAGCCAAGGAACGGAAGAAUGCAAUGACUGUCCUAGAGGUGGACGAUGACAUGGUGGACUCUAGUUGGCUUUCAAAUUGUGCUAUUGUCACUCCAAUGGGGGGACGCAAAGUAUUGCUAAAAGUUGAUGAUCGGAACAUAGUAACCAAGCUUAUUGAGGAACAUGAAGCAUGGUGGUGCAAAUGGUUCAGUAGAAUCAAAUUAUGGAGCCCACUCGACAUAGCUAAAGAAAGGUUUGCUUGGGUCAGAAUAACUGGUCUUCCUUUACAAGUUUGGAACCAGAGAACGUUCAAGAAGAUCGGGAAUCACUUGGGAAAUUUCAUCAAGGUGGAUCCUUAUACAGCUGAGAAAGUGUGCCUUGAUGCUGCUAGAGUCCUCAUCACAACAACUGGAACAAAUCAAAUUGAGCAAGACAUUUCCUUGAAUGUUCGAAAUCAUUUUUACCAGUUAAAAAUUAUAGAAGAAAGGUGGCGGACUGAUCCUUGGUGGUUAAAUGCAUCCCAAAUCUAUGACAGUGAAGAAUUUGAGUUUGAUGAUCUUUCUGAUUCGGUCUCCGAUCAAGCCUCCGAUGUUGUAAGUCCCAAGAAGAACACUGUUUUGAGUAAUGAUGUAGUUGCUUUGGAAAAUGAUGCUAGAAGAAGUGUAGAAGGUCUUGUGUCAGAAUAUGGUGGCGACAAAUCUAGUUUUCAAUCUUCUACUGACUCCCACUCACGUGGAAAGGAACCCAAAGACCAAAAUACCCCAAAAGGCUUAACAACGGCCCACACUAGCCCAAUUCAGAACACUCCCCCAAUAUCUCUAGCCCAUGACCAAUCGGAGACAUAUCACCAUCAAGAUCCAGAUGAUCUACAAAAUGUCGCAGAUCUCCGAAACACAGAAUCCCUAACAUAUGUCACAGGAUUGCACCGUGGAGCAAGGAAGAAGAAACCCAAGCAAAUGAAACGAUGCAAGAGGCGGCUGUUUGGAUCCAAACGUUCAGGACCUUCUAUAUCAGACAAUUUUAUAGAAAGGAGAAGCAGGCUAUCAGUGAAAGAGAUUGUCUCAUCUAAUACUCGGGGGCUUGGAAACAACAUCAAGCGGAAAGAAUUAAGGAGUAUGGUCCAACGGGAGCAUGUAAAUUUCCUGAUGAUUCAAGAAACAAAAGUUGAAAGGGUUGAUGAUCAGUUGUGUAGAUCAAUUUGGGGGCAGGAUAAUGUCGAGUGGUGUGCAAAAGCCUCUGAUGGUAAGGCUGGCGGUCUCCUAUGUUUAUGGGAUCCUAGCUUAUUUGAGAAGAUUGAGGUGUUUGAAGGUGAUGGCUUCUUGGGUAUUGAGGGAUUAUGGGGAAAAAAUAAAUCAAAAUGCUGCUUGUUGAAUGUGUAUGGUCCCUGUAAUGUAGCUGGUCGUGUAAAAUUAUGGGAAGACUUAUCCAAUCUGAUUGAAGCUCGAAAUUGUUUCUUCUGCAUUGGAGGUGAUUUCAACUGUGUCAGGGGAUCACAUGAAAGAAAAGGUAGAAUGACUUCUCAUCCUGGAUCUGACAAUUUCAAUUUGUUUAUUGAAUCAAACUGCCUUGUUGAUUUACCCCUUUCAAACAGAAAAUUUACCUGGUAUAAUAGCAAUGGGUCUGCUCAAAGUAGAUUGGAUAGAUUUCUUUUAUCAGAGAAUUAUCUGGAAUUCUGGGGCAAUUGUGUUCAACUUGCAUUAAAAAGAAGCAUCAGUGACCACUGUCCUAUCAGUCUAAGCUCAAGCAACCAUGAUUGGGGUCCCAAACCUUUCCGAUCUAUAAAUAGCUGGACAAUGCACCCCAACUUUAAUCCAAUGAUUGAGAAGUUGUGGAAUUCCUUUGAAAUUGAAGGAUAUUGGGGGUUUAAAUGUAAAGAAAAGGUCAAAAAGCUUAGGCAGCACUUGAAGACAUGGAACAAGGAAGUAUUUGGCAAUAUUGACAGCCAACUUGAAGAGGCACUGAAGAAAGUUGAGAUAGUCGAUGUUAGAUGUGAAGAUCAAGAUCCUUCAGAUGAUGAUAUUCUCAAAAGAAAAGAUGGAUUUGCAGAGUUAUGGGUUUGCCUUAAGAAGAAAGAAAGUCUAUGGCGACAAAAAUCUAGGGCAACCUGGAUCAAGGAAAGGGAUGCAAAUACUGGCUUUUUCCACAGGAUUAUUAAUGGUAGGAGAAAGAAGAAUAUGCUUUGGGGGAUUGACAACCAUGGCUCCUGGAUUGAUGAGCCCAUGCAAUUGAAGCAAAUAAUUAUGGAUCACUUUAAAAACCAAUUCUCUUCUCAAUCUUACCAACAACCAAGACCAUGUUUGGAGCACCUACAAUUCAGCAAAUUAAAUGAACAAGAUAAGCUUAUGUUGGAAGCAGAAUUUUCAGAUGAUGAGAUCAGAGAUGCUGUUUUUUCUUGUGCAAGUGACAAAGCUCCAGGGCCUGAUGUCCCUAAAAAGAAAAAUCCCACAUCCUUGAAGGAAUUCAGGCCGAUCAGCAUGGUUGGGUGCCUAUAUAAAAUCCUAGCUAAGGUACUUGCUAAUAGACUUCAGAAGGUAAUUGGUAAGGUGAUAAGUGCAAGUCAAUCUGCUUUUCUAAAAGGAAGGCAACUUGUUGACAGUGUUUUAACUAUAAAUGAGCUUGUGCAUGACAUGAAAAGUAGGAGAAAAAAGGGUAUUAUCUUUAAAGCAGACUUUGAAAAGGCUUUUGAUUCUGUUGAUUGGGGCUAUCUGGAUACAAUUCACCAUCUACUUGGCUUCGGUGAGAAAUGGCGAAGUUGGAUCAAAGAAUGCUUAUCGUCUGCUUCUGUCUCUGUUCUUGUCAAUGGAAGUCCAACACAAGAAUUCAAGAUGCAGAGAGGACUAAUGCAAGGUGACCCUCUUUCUCCAUACUUAUUCCUUAUUGCUGCUGAAGGCUUGCAUGCUCUUCUCAUUGAGGCAGAAAUGAAAGAUAUGUUUAAAGGGGUGAAGGUUGAUGAGAAUACUUCAGUUUCUCACCUUCAAAUUAAUUUCAAUAAAAGCAUUUUGUAUGGGAUUAAUGUGGAUGAGCAAUGGCUUAGCAUGGCAGCCCUGGCCUUAAAUUGUAAAGCUGGGAAAUUACCAUUUAUUUACCUUGGGCUUCCUGUUGGUGGCAAGCUCUUAUCAUUCGGUGGUCGUAUCACGCUUCUCACGUCGGUACUCUCUGCUCUCCCUCUUUUUUACUUCUCUGUUUUUAAAGUUCCUAAUGGCAUCCUAAAAGAACUUAUUAGAAUCCAAAAAAACUUCUUAUGGGGGGGUUUUGAUGAGAAUAAAAAGAUUGCUUGGGUUAAUUGGGGUAAGGUCUCUCUAGCUAAAACUAAGGGAGGUCUCGGUAUCCCAAACCUAUCCAUUAGGAACAUCGCCCUUUUAGGAAAAUGGUGGAACAAAUUCUACGAUGAUGCUGAAAAUGAGAAUCUAUGGAAAAAGAUUGUUGUUAGUAAAUACUAUGCUGGCUCUACAUGUAAUUUUAUCCACAACACUACAUCCUCAAGAUUAUCUUCUUUUUGGAAAGACAUUUUAUCUAUUGACAGGCUAGAUGAACUCAAGAUAUUGGAGGACACUUUGCGAAGUGCUACUGUAUCCGAAGGCAAAGGAGAUAGAAAAUUUUGGAAGCACUGUCCCUCAGGAUAUUCUGCAAAAAUGGCAUACUUGUUUCUUGAUGUGUCUCCUUCCUGCCUUGAUGAGAACAUUUGCAAAUUGAUAUGGAAUCAAUUAAUGCCAGCUAAAGUUAGUGUCUUCACCUGGUGCCUCUGCUUAAAUCACCUCCCUACCAAGGAUAACCUCAUACAGCGUGGUGUUGAUUUAGUAUCAAACCCGUCAUGUGUCCUAUGUGGUAGUUAUAUGGAAGAUGCAAACCAUGUUUUUGCAAAGUGCAAAUUUUCUCAAAGCCUUUGGAACCGUAUAUGCUGCUGGUGGGGACUUCAAUUCAUCCAUACUGACCACAUCACCCAUCUACUUCUACAGCUUUGCUUGCUUCCAAUCCCAAAGAAGGCAAGCCACCAUUGGGCUCUUACCAUCUUUACAACAGCUUGGGCUAUUUGGUACUCCAGAAAUGGUAUUGUUUUCAACAAACUUUCUUGGGAUGAGAAUUAUAUUACAGAUUUAGUGCAAGUUAAGACUUUUACUUGGAUUAAAGGAAGGUCGAAAUCUACUAGUUUUUGCUUAAGUGACUGGUAUCAGUUUCCAAUGCUUUGUGCAACCCAGUCCUAACUCCUUCCCUUUCUCCUUCCCUGUUUUUUCUUCAUGUAAUGGGUGAGUACCCCUUGUACUCAUUCUCUUAAUAAAAUUUUGCUUUUGAU